UCAGUACUCGCCGCGCAGCCUCGGCAAUCCCCGAUAUAUUAUUACUCUACAUACUUUCCGCAUGUGUCUCCCUGUGCAUCAACCGUGCGUGUGCGCGCCAGUAUAUCUGUGUGUGAUUGGAGUACUCGCCGUAUCCAGAAAUACGCGCCUACUCGUUUCGCCAUUUUUUUGCACAUUCCUAUCGCGCCCGGCAAUUUUGGAUUUCUUCGAGAAACACUGCGAGUGCGCGAGUGCUCUAUGAAUUUCGCAAAGCGUUAUCCAUGAGGUUUGCCGCAAAAUCGCAGAAUUACGCGAUCAACCAAAAAGUGGGAAAAGAUUGUCAGUUUGACAUGUGCUAUUUUUUUUUUUAAUGAUUGAUUUAGUGUUUUUUUUUUUCCUUAUUUUUUUUUCGUGGCCUCUCAAAUCGGACUUUGAAAUUUGACGUGCGUAAAAUAUUUGCAGAUCGAAUAAUUUGCACGUUGACUAUUUGUGGUGCCGAAGAAAAUCGAUUGCGGCUAUUCGAGAAAUAUCGAUAUACCUUCGCACGCGUAUUUAUCAUCGAAUCGUGCAUACUUCACGGUGUGAUCGAGCGGCGUAAUCGUGAGGAAAAUUGAUGAAGCGACAAAUCUGCGCGAGAUAGGAGAGACGCGAGGAGCAAAACGAAGAGGAGAAAAUCGACGGGGCAAAGGGAAUGAGAAGAAGAGAGAAUGACCAAGAGAGGACGAAGCGAGAGGGCAGUGAAAGAUAAUCUUUAAUAAGCGCUUCGGCGGGGCCCUACGCGGGUUAGAUUCCUUAUCUCUCUGAGUGGCUGUCUUUAAGGCCCCAGAUGCAAGCUGUAUUAAUAUGUUAAUCUUCACUCUACUACUGGUUCUACAUAAUACGUAGUAUGUAAGGCCGUGGCUUCCUGGUUACACGGGGCACCUCCAUCACGAUGAGCCGAGGAUCAGCAUCGCCUCCGUAUCAGCGACCGAUAACCGAUAAUCCGGCGAAUUGUCGGACAUGAUUUCGUGACAGGAAACACGAGAGCAGGAGAGAAGAAGAAAAAAAGAGAUAAAGAUAACACAACGGCCGACAAUGUCCAGCCUAGCUAGAACUAGGCAGACGGGCCUGUUCGGUUCGAAGAGAUGGUGGCAGGGUGGCUGCUGGGCCACCAGGGGUCACCAGGAGGCCUACCUGCGCAAACUCUACUCCAGGAAAAAUCCCAACGCGGGAAGUACGCUCGGCGUUGAUGCCGAGUCCGACAACUGGACAGCUGUCGUUUACGACCUGCCCGAUAACGACGAGCACUACCUGGAUGCCUUCCUCAGGAAUAGAAACGACGGCAACGCUCGGGAUCUACCAGCCCUCUCGACGCCCAGAGCCAGUCCCACGGAGAAAUGCAUGGAAUUUCUUCAGGGUGCCGAUGGCGGCAUCCGCGUCACCGAACACAAUCUGGACAGUCUUCUGCACUCGAGCUAUGGCGUCGAAAAGGUUUGCAGAAGCUGCCGCUGCCCCCGUGAGGAUCAUCAGCGUGCCUCCUCGGAGGCCGGAGGAUCCUCAGGGCUCGGAUUGGGCCAGGCAUCCUCACCAAUGGCUAUGGCAAUGGCCUUCCCAAGCAAUCCGGGCCCCGGAUCCCAUCCCGAGCCGUUCAAGAGUCCUGUGCAGGCACCCCCAGCUCUUCAAGACGCGCUGCUUCAUCAUCAGCGACAUUCGCAAAGCGACGACGACAGCGGAUGCGCCCUGGAGGAAUACACCUGGGUACCACCAGGUCUAAGACCCGACCAGGUGCACCUGUACUUCAGUUCCCUGUCCGAGGACAAAAUACCCUAUGUGGGCAGCGCCGGCGAGCGGGAGCGAGUUAAACAGCUUCUUCAACAGCUACCGCCCCAUGACAAUGAGGCCAGGUACUGCAGUGGCCUUAGCGAGGAAGAGAAGAGGGAGCUCAGGGUGUUCGCCGGUCAGCGAAAGCGCGAGGCCCUCGGCAGGGGUCACGUUAGCCAGCUGGAGCGUCCUCACGGGUCAGGAUGUCGCGAGUGCGGACGACCUGUAGCAGCUGGCGAAAUGGCUGUCGGUGCCAGCAGGGCCGGCUCGUCUGCACUUUGGCAUCCUGCCUGCUUUAUCUGUUGCGUCUGCCGGCAACUCUUGGUGGAUCUUAUCUACUUUUGGAGGGACGGUAGACUCUAUUGCGGACGCCAUCAUGCGGAGACACUUAAACCCAGAUGUUGCGCCUGCGACGAGAUCAUUUUGGCUGACGAGUGCACCGAGGCUGAAGGUCGGGCUUGGCACAUGAAACACUUUGCCUGCCUUGAAUGCGAUCGACAGCUUGGUGGUCAAAGAUACGUUAUGAGAGAAGGCAGGCCGUACUGUCUUGACUGCUUCGACGCGUCUUUUGCUGAAUACUGUGACAGCUGUGGGGAACCCAUUGGUGUUGAUCAAGGCCAAAUGUCACACGAGGGUCAACAUUGGCAUGCUACCGAAGCCUGUUUCUGUUGUGCUACCUGUAGAACCUCCCUUUUGGGAAGACCCUUUCUACCUAGAAGAGGAGCCAUUUAUUGUAGUAUAGCAUGUAGCAAAGGAGAGCCUCCUACGACACCGAGUGAUUCAUCUGCAGGUCCACCACCCUUACCUCCCACAUUUCCGCGAGGCGGUAGAAGACAAGCGCCACCCAGUGAGGGUUCGUCGAGUCCCCCGCCGCCUCCAGCAUCAAGGCACACCCUGGGGUCACCAAGGAACUCCCCGAGGAUGCCCAGAAAGCAACAAAGCGCGGCUUCGGUGGCAACUACACCCACUCAGGGGACAUCGAGUGCUGAUUUUCCUGGGGAAGCUUUAUCGAGUGGCGGGUCGAGACCCGGUGGUCUGGACAGAGUGCUCCUGGAGAGGAAUCUUGAGAGACUCCUCCAAGAGAGGAAUUCGUUACCGGAAGAAGCACCCGCGGAACUUGGAAGGCUGAUGCAAGCACGUGACCGUGAGCCAUUGCGAUGUGCACCAAGCUGCACACCAACACACGCGUCGAGUAUGCCAGAAUUACCACCGCCUCCACCAUUAGCAUCCUUAUCGAAUCCUAACGGACACCCUGACCCUCCGACACCCACGUCGAGACGCGUACGCUUUCAGGGUGACGAUCCUACUGUCUCUACGUCAGUUCCGAUAUCUGCUACGACGACUCCGCCAUCGGGAACGAGUGUGCCACGAUCCAGGAGUCUUCAACCUGAAGAAGCUGCCAGUACUUCGUCCUGGGGCCUGGGAAGCCGAGUGAGAACCGACGACGAGGAAAGUUGCUGCUCGACCUGCAGCAGUUCCAGCAGUUCGGAUGAAGCUACGGCGUACGCGCUACCUCCAAGAAGAGCCUACGGCGGGGUGCGAAUAUCUUAUGUGCCAAAUGAUGCCGUGGCCUGUGCCAGACGUCGAUUACCGUCCUCUCAAUCACAAAAAGACGCCGAAAAGUGCGUUGUCUCCUGAUCUUUUCCUUUUCCUCGAACACGGUUAGCGGUUAUCGAUGUGACUGGAGAGAAGAUUGUAAUAAAAAAUGGGAGAAAGGGAAUUUCGAAGGUCGGGGAGAUUAAUAGGAAAAGAGAAAACGGAGGAAGAGGCUUUAGAAGCAUAUUCUCCAGGAAGAGUUCCUAGGCACGUGAGCACGGCGCACUCGACGAAAACGUCGAGAUGCAAUGCUUUUUUUUUACGUAGGUAUAUGAAUAAUAAUCAUAACAAACGAACGAAAUCGUCGAACGUUUGCCGCCGUAGUGAAUACCUGUUGUUUUUAUAGUUGGUAUUCUUCAAGUCGCAACGUCAAUUAUGACAAAGUAUUACAUGCAACGUGGAAUGCGCUUUCAACGAAUGGCUAUAUCUCUCAGAAUACUUUGAGUGCGCAAUCUUUAACGUCGACACGUUUAAAUAAUCCUCGAGCGUGUUCUGUUUCAAGCGGGAUUAUUGUUUUAUACAGUUUUAUAUUAGCUGUACGGUUAAGUCGAAAAUCCGUUGUAUAUAGCGUUAAUGAUAUUAUUGUGUAAUUGUACAUAUCUGCGCCUAUUGUAUUUGUAACAACGAACGUCUUGAUAUUAUUAUUAUUAUUAUUUAAAAUGAAAUGUACAACAAGAUA